CCCGUUCCCGUCGCACCGCUCCCGGCCAUGGAGCCGCCGGCAGCCCCGGCGGCGGCCGCGGGCAGCGAUACGCGCGCCGCCCGCUACAGCCCCGGCACCCGGGACCUGCUCCGAGCGAUGAUGGAGGAGGCGCAGCUGACGCGUUCCCAGAGGCGAUACCUGAUGGACUGCGUGGAACGAGGAGGCACUCUGCCGCUCCAGUGCCGCCCCACGUCCAGCAAAGAGCGCGCACCCGCAGCGCCUGUUCGCUGCCCAGCUGUCUGUCGGACGAGCACGCUUUCAGCUAUACCACACCUCCGACCUGCUGAGGUCUGCCGGGCGGGAGAUGCCUACACCCGAGAGAAAUUCAGGCCAGGGGCGACGAGAGAUUUGGAAAAGGAGAAGCAAAGGCUCCAAAACAUCUUAGCGACGGGGAAGGAUGUGGUGGAACAAGAGGUGAAGCAGAUGCCGCUUCAGACAAAGAAAGAGGAGAUACCUGAGCCAGACCGGUUUGAAGAACUGGUUAAGGAAGUUCAGGAGAGGAGAGAAUUCCUGGCAGAGAUGGAAGCUCUAGGACAGGGCAAGAAGUAUCAAAGGAUUAUCCUCACUGAAAUCUCACAGAAACUGCGUGAGAUGGAGCUCCUUGACAAGAAGAGAAGUGAAGAAAUGAGUGAGAUCUUGACAAAAGACUUCCCUGGUGGGAACAAAUCCGAUCCCCAGCACUAGGCCAAGGGAAAAACAUAAGUGUAACUUCUCACCUCUUCUUGCCAGACCCUCAGCAUGGGAGUGUCAAGGGCUGGUUUGUGCCUGUGCCCAAGCAGGAAGCAGCACCACUUGUUGCCUAAAGCCAAAAGGCAGGAGCAGUGUGGACAGAAGCGGUGACAGAAGAAAGCUGUUUUAAAAUCCUCCUCAUGUACUGACUUUGUCCUUGCCCAAUGGUAUUAAAGAGAUGAAAACACACAGCAGCAGCCACCACACCAUGACAAGCAGAGCCUCCUUUUGCCUGUGCAGUGCCUCAGAGGACAGCAACCCACCGGUAACAACGUCACUCCUUUCCUUCCAUCCACCCACCCAGAGGCAGAGGUUUCUCGUGACAGCACCACGGUGACACGUGUUGUCACCUCCACGCACACCCCCAUGGGAAGUGCUGUGCUGGCAGAUGGAGGGGAGGUAAUCCCACCUCUGUCCUCCAGCAGGCUGAAGCACGAUGCCCCCCUCAUUCCUGAAUAAACCUCAGCAUCAA